UGAUACCAAGACACUUCUCCUCCUCAGUACAACGGAAACAAGGACAGAGCUCAGAUCAACCUUCCAAAGAUGAUGAGAAUCUUGCAGUCAAAGCUCAAGAUGCAGUAGCAUCAGGAAAACCCAAGUCAACCCAUAAAACCGUCGCAGAAGCAGAUGCUGAGCUCAUGGAGAAGCUUGCGGGACAUUCAGAUGCCGGAGGUGCCGCGGGCGUGGAGUACGAAAAUGGCAAACCUGUUGCGCAGAAACGGAGUGUCAGAAACAACAUGUUUCGACUGAUAUGAGUUUUCGUACGAAGAUGUUGAUCGAGGGGUUUCUGUCGUCUCAAUCGAAUUUUAGGUGCGAAUUAUGGGUGCUUGGAAGUGUUCAGCACCAGAUCUUAUCAACUUCAGCUCGGGUCCCCCUGAUGGAAGAGCAGUUGUCGCAACAGUCGUAACAUACUCAUGAUCGCGGUGAGCGAUAAGAUCAUGUCAUGACAUUCCGCGAUAUGAACAGUCCCGGAGACUGACUCGAUCUCAUCGACAAAUGCUACCGUUUAUUCCGGGACAGAACAGCGGAGGCGCUGGUCAGGGCGGCUGAACAUAACCAUGCUCAUGCCGAUGAAUGUUACGAUAUCCCCGAUGGCGGCUUAAGUUCAAGCGAAAGGAUUUCACAGCUGAUUCCUGCGAGCUCGCUCUUCCCACGCCUUCGUCAGCUUGUAUCGACCGCAUGAAGGCCACUAGGAAAGGACGAAAUCGUGAUAUUCAACAAUGAGACUAUUACAAUGAC